UUCAAUUACAUACUCAAUUUCCAGGUCAAAUAUUUUUUAUUCAAACUGAGUCUUAUACUUUUAAAAUUUCAAAUUUUCAUCAUGUGUCUGAUUAUCAUGUAUAGUGAUAUUGAAGAUAUUCAUAAACAUUCAUUUGAUAGGCUUUUCAAGUGAUUGAAUAAUUAUACAAUAGUAAUAAAUUGUUGUUUUAUUGCUACUAACUGUUCAAAUAAAUUUAUAAUAAUUAUUGUUAUCUUAUCUUGAAUAUUAUCUUAUAUAAAAAAUAGAUUUUAAAUUUUAAAUGAAAAGAGAUAUCAAUUAAUUUUUUUCAUCAACAAUUUUCAAUAAUCCAUGGAUCUAGUCAUGAAAUAUAAUUGUCCACAAAUAAAUUGAUCAUUUCUUACUUUUGCAUAGAUAUCAAUUUUUCUGUUAUAUCGUAAUGUAGAUUUAGAAACACAUAUCAAAAAGUAUCAAAUUGUAAAUUUUUCUAGAGCUUGGAGCUUUUGGAAUGUGUUUAAUGCAAUUUUUUUAUGUACAGUAGGCCUAUGGAGCAGCUGAUAAAAUCUCAUCAAGAUGAAACUCCACUUUUCCAUAUUGGUCUGGUCAAUACAGACAUGAAAAAAGGGGAUGUGCUUGCAAUAGAGCGCCGGAAAAUUCAACCCCUAAAGCCGAGAAGGGAGACUGAAGGAUGCCGGGAGGAGAGGCCUGCUGUUGCUGCUGAACUACAAAUGCGCGCUAAUAUAGUGAUUGAACACCGCACCAGUGGACAGAAUCGAGUUGGAAAAUUAAAAACAUUCCACUUGUGACUUGGCAACAGGGCAGCUUGGCAACAGUGCACGUCUUGGCAAGCAUCCAAGCAUGCGAUGAUUGUACGCGAAAGACCACUAACACGCCUGAGUAUGUGUUAGUGCUAAGGUGGUGGGAGUGUGUCAACUGUCUGCGCCUGUAUCAUAAUAUUAUGUGAUCAAAUUCUGAACACAAGCGCGCUCUAUCGAGAAUCUUGAUAAUCUAGCCGUCAUAAUUCUGUGUAUGCUUAUUCCGUGCUACCGCCUACCAGAACGAGGAGAACACUCUUACAGUCCACUGUGAACCCGCCAUACCCAAACGAGGCGCUUUCAAAGGUAACAAUUUUAUUUUCUGAGCUACUAAGUCACGUGUUUAGAAGCCCACCACAUUGGCUCUAACACGAAACCUGGUCACUCCACUGCCGAAUAUUGGAGGAAAAGCGACCUACGGACAGUGAAAACGCUCAUUUCAAUUUAUUCUGAGAUUUUCUUUGUGAGUUUUCUUGGAAAAUCGUAAAUUUUCGAUUUGGACGCGUUCGACCACCAUCUUGUAUCGAAAUCUGAAAACAUCGAUUAGUGACUUAUGAUAUCGACUAUCAAACUGUUAACUAUCAAACUUUUACACCCGGUUUGAUAUAACCUGGAAAGUUUUGUUUUGGUUUUGAACUUCAGUGCCUAACAGUCAGCUACAAACUUUUACCGCUUACUGUGUGUUUUCUUACCGCUAAACGUAGUGAAUUACCGCCUAUCUUUUAUUAAUUGUAAAAAUUGAACUACGAACUAUUGAUUUUGAACAUUGAUCUUGAACUAUUUCUUGUUAAAUAUGAACUUUUUCAGCCAUUAACUUAAACUUUUCUGACCGCUAAUCUGAACUUUUUCGAUUGUAAAUUUCAAUCUGGUAGCCUAUUUUUCUAUUUCUGUAUGAUUAUUCAUAACAACCAUGGUGUCGAAUUUUCCAUUAUUGAAUAAGCUAAGAAGGUCUCACCAAGGUUCUCUAGCUGAUAAGUACAAUGAACAAGUACCUAUGACUUGUAGUGAAUUUUAUUUUGGUCUGGAUAGAAAAUUUGAUAAAUUAAUGAGUGAAUAUGAGGAAAUGGAUGAAGAGUCACUAUCUGAGGAAGUAAUCUUGGAGUUUGCUGAACUGCAAAUCCAAUUCCAAACCAGAAUUGAUAGUAUCAAGCUUGUUGAUACCGUUCCUAAACCUGCUGUUACCACUAAUGAACUGUCAAUUAAUAAUUUUGUGAAACCUCAGUUGCAGAUACCUACAUUUUCAGGCGAACCUCAUGAAUGGAAUGCUUUCAAAAAUGUUUUCGAUGCUGCUGUUCACACCAGUAAAGACUAUUCCAGUGAGGCCAAAUACCAUCUUCUAACUUUAUAUUUAAGUGGUGAUGCUUUGACCUUGGUUCAAAAUUACGCCAACACCACUGAAUGCUACAAAGCUGCCAAUGACAGCUUGCACAAACAAUACAACAAUAUCCGGUAUCAAGCAUAUAGUUUAUAUAAUAAAUUCGAUACCUUUGUUCCUUCUACUACUCUGGCUGAAACUUUGAAAAAAUUUUCUAUCGAGCUCAGCUCAGCCAAACGAUCGCCAUUUAACAUGAACCUGAACCAAGCUGAUUUUUUGAUUACCAUGAUGUGUAUUCGCAAAUUACCGCUUUCUGUCUGCACCAAAUUUGAAGAAUCCUUAAAAAUGCUUAAAAAUCCUUAGAAAUGAUCAAGUUCCCACUUUUGACCGUUUAUUGAGUUUUGUGGCUAGUCAAGAAAAGUCUCUGGAAGUGACUGUACUAACCCGCAAAUAUGACCAAGUAAU